AUGCUGCUGCAGCAGACUCUCGCAACAGAAUAUUUAUACAUAAAAAACAAAACUUCCUUUAGACAUUUCAUUCUCCUAGGACUCACCAGUGAUACAAAUCUUAAACUGUGUCUCUUUUUCCUAUUUUUGUUUAUGUAUAUUCUCACUGUUAUUGAGAAUAUAGGCAUUAUAACACUGUUCACCACAACCCCCCGUUUACAAACGCCUAUGUAUUUCUUCCUUAGUCAUUUGUCAUUUUCAGAUCUUUGUUAUUCAUCUGUUAUUAGUCCAAAGCUGUUAGAUAUAUUAAUGGAAAAUCAAUUUAUUUCGUACUCCGGCUGCAUAAUGCAGCUUUUUAUUUUUACUAUAUUCGGUAUAUUACAAUGUCUUAUAUUGUCAGUGAUGGCGUAUGAUCGCAGUGUGGCAGUGAGUAAACCAUUGUUUUAUAACCUAAUAAUGACUGAUAAUGUGUGCAAAAGAUUAAUAGCAGUUUGUUAUACUAUUGCAGUUUUAUUCUCUCUUCUAAAUACCUUAUAUACUCUAAGUCUAUCAUUCUGCAAUGCCAUACAAAUAAACCACUUUUACUGUGAUUAUAUCCCUCUGUUACAACUUGCCUGCUCAGAUACAUUUACAAAUCUGAUGGUCAUAUUUAUAACGGUGUCUAGCAUCAGUAGUAUUUCCAUAGGUACUAUUAUCAUGUCUUAUGGUUACAUUAUUUUUACAGUUUUUGGUAUUCGCUCAAAGCAGAGAAGGUACAAAGUAUUCUAUACAUGUUCAUCCCAUCUGACAACUGUAUCUAUCUUUUAUGGAACAGUAUUUUUUAUGUAUAUUCGCCCAGCAUCUAAAUAUUUUACUGAUGAAGACAAAGUAGUAGCUGUGUUUUACACCGUAGCAAUCCCAUUUUUAAAUCCUAUCAUUUACAGCAUGAGGAAUAAGGAUUUGCAAAGUGCUUUUAAUAAAAAUGUGGGAAAAUGGAAUUGA